AUGCGAGACCACGGUGCCCUCACCGAGGAGCAAUGGAACGAGGGCGUGCCAAGCUCUGAUGACCACGCACCGCCGCCAGGCUAUGGCGCACCAGGUGGACAUGCAAAACCAGACAACUACGGCCCUCCUCGCGAUAGGCACAGUUACGGUCCGCCAGGAGGAAUGGGCGCCCCACGCAGCUAUGGACCCCCUGGUGGCGGCUUGCAGCAUGGCCCACCACAGGGAAACCUUCAAUAUGGUCCCCCAGGUGGCUUUGGGAAUGCGGAUAACUCUGGUCCCCCAAGCAACAACCUAAAAUAUGGAGUUGGACCGCAGGGUAUUUAUUCGUCACCAACAAGUGACCCAUAUAGCAUGUUUCCAGCGGGUGAGAACGACAGAUCAAGCUACUACGGUAGAGAUCACCGCAACAAAGAUAACCGAGAUGGGAGAUCAUCUGGUCGUAAUCCACUAAAUGCGCAAAUCUCCGGCAAAGACACGCCAUUUUCCCUAGAUAACAUGGGGUUUGGAAUGAUGAGUGACCUCAAAUCUGGCCCUAUCAGUGCUGGCACCUCGUUUGCACCAGGUGGCGGAUCUGCACCAUCUUUUUAUGGGCCACCUACUAGUGGACCGAAUACGUUCAACCCAAGUGGUGGGCUGAACACCUUUAACCCAACUGGUCUACUAGGUAGUUCGCAGCCGACGGGCUACGGGCCACCUGGUGGCAACGAGCCUCCGCCAGGCUACAACAGCCAGUUUGGCCAGCUCCACUUCCAGAAGCAGGAUCUUGAUCUUUCACAGAAUAGCUACCAAAAUUCCCAGGGUGGUUACGACCCAUAUCCGUACGAGAGCUAUGGCCCCGAUGGCGGUUACAAUGGGCCACCACAGGAUGACGAAGAUUGA